GUUUACCUGGGAAGAAACAAGACUGCCAGAGCCGUGCUGCAGAUAUCCUGCUGACAAUCCCUGAAAAAUUAGUUCAGAAGACAAUACUGGAUUAUCCUUGUGAAAGAGAAGAUUCAAUGAUGGAGCCUGUCCAUAUUAAAGAUGAGAGUCCUGUACUAGAAUCAGUCCAUAUUAAAGAGGAGAGACCUGCACUAGAAUCAGUCCAUAUUAAAGAGGAGAGUCCUGUACUAGAAUCAGUCCAUAUUAAAGAGGAGAGUCCUGCACUAGAAUCAGUCCAUAUUAAAGAGGAGAGUCCUGUACUAGAAUCAGUCCAGAUUAAAGAGGAGAGUCCUGUACUAGAAUCAGUCCAUAUUAAAGAGGAGAGUCCUGUACUAGAAUCAGUCCAGAUUAAAGAGGAGAGUCCUGUACUAGAAUCAGUCCAUAUUAAAGAGGAGAGUCCUGUACUAGAAUCAGUCUAUAUUAAAGAGGAGAGUCCUGAACUAGACACUGUCCACAUUAAAGAGGAGCUUCCUGAACUAGACCCUGUCCAUGUUGAAGAGGAGGGUCACCAUUUUAAAACAAGCAGCUUGCAGGGCUCUCUGUCCUGUACAGAAUGUGGAAAGAGUUUCAGUCAGUUACAAGACCUGAAACUUCCCCAGCGAAACCACACUGGAGAGAAACGGCAUGUCUGUGCUGACUGUGGGAAGAGUUUCAGUAAGUCAACCAACUUGAAAAUGCACCAGCGAAUUCACACAGGAGAGAAACCACAUGUCUGUUGUGACUGUGGGAAAAGUUUCAGUCAGUCAAGCAACUUGAAAAUGCACCAGCAAAUUCACACUGGAGAGAAACAACUUGUCUGUGCUGACUGUGGGAAGAGUUUCACUAGAUUAGGAGAUCUUAAACACCACCAGCGAAUUCACACAGGAGAGAAACCACAUGUCUGUGCUGACUGUGGGAAGAGUUUCAGUCUGUUAAGCAAUUUCAAAAUACACCAGCGAAUUCACACUGGAGAGAAACCAAAUGUCUGUGCAGAGUGUGGGAAGAGUUUCAGGACACUGGGACAUCUUAAAGACCACCAGCGAAUUCAUACUGGAGAGAAACCAAAUGUCUGUGGUGAUUGUGGGAAGAGUUUCAGACAGUCAGGCAACUUGAAAAUGCACCAGCGAAUUCACACAGGAGAGAAACCAUAUGUCUGCGCUGACUGUGGGAAGAGUUUUGCUAAGUCAAGCCAUUUGAAAAUACACCAGCAAAUCCACACUGGAGAGAAACGACAUGUCUGUGGUGAUUGUGGGAAGAAUUUCAGACAGUCAGGUGACUUGAAACUUCACCAGCGAAUCCACACAGGUGAGAAACCAUAUGUCUGCGCUGACUGUGGGAAGAGUUUUGGUCAGUCAGGGUAUUUGAAAAAACACCAGCGAAUUCACACUAGAGAGAAACCAUUAUGUCUGUGCUGACUGUGGGAAGAGUUUCAAAUGGAUAUACAGCUUGUGAAUACACCAGCGAUUCCACACGGGAGUGAAUCCUUAUCACUGCUCUCACUGUGGGAAGUCUUUUACUGCUUCCAGUUCUCUUAAAAGGCACAAAUGCAAGCUGUGAAAGUUUAGUCAGAAUGUGAGUGUGUGUUCAUUCACCCGCACUCAGAAAUUCCAGUCUUUUUAAACAGCAGCUUAAUAUAACAACUGUGAGAACUCUGGUGAGGGAGAAAUUCAUAUUUGUAAUUGAAUGGUCUUUGUAAAAUGACAUUUGAAAUCUUAAACUAUGAGGCUUAAGAUGCUGUGAUGUUAAUUAAGUGUGUCUUCCCCCAACCUUCUCCCAUAACAUUCGAGAUCUGCUUCAAAGGACUGGAUAUUAGUAACAGAGGGUCAUAAAGAUUUAAAUUGGUUUCAGUUCAGAUUACCUGCCAGUCUGGUCUAAACAAACAGAGCUGAUUCCUAUCUGUUAAUUAAGAAUGUCUGUCUGAAAACUAGUGUACAAUUUUCUUCUUAUAAAGGGUUAAGAAUUGCGACACCUGGUGGAUACAGUGUGAAGUAGUGCUUAAGGCUCUGGACUCUUGACCAGAGGGUCGUGGGUUCAAUCCCAGGUGUGGGACACUGCUGCUGUACCCUUGAGCAAGGUACUUUACCUAGAUUGCUCCAGUAAAAACCCAACUGUAUAAAUGGGGAAUUGUAUGUAAAAAUAAUGAAAUAAAUAAUAAUAAUAAUAAUAAAAUAUCCCUUUGAACUAGCUUUAAAACAUAGCUUGUCAUAAUUCCAACAAAUGUCUGUUUAACUCUUCCUAACAUAAUAAACUGCAUCGGAAUGAGAAUAACAAGCUGUUUUAAUCAGUAAGAAGGGUUUCUAUUAGCAUGAUUAGCAAGCUGUGUGUUAAUCGUGUUCAACUUCAAGAGUGAGAGAAAUAAUCUGAGUAAACCCUAUCUGUGUGACACUGAAUUCAUUUCAUGAAGUGUCUGAAGAGACCAGAAGACUCUGCCAGUGUAUUUUGUGAGGGACACCAAUUACAAAACAUGAGCCUCGUUUUAUUAUUAAGUUUCUUUUUAGUUCUAUUUUAACGUUAUGCUUGAGUUUUUAAAAGUUGUAUUUAACUUCCAAUGACACACAAACCCAGAAUAUGAAAAUGAAGGAGUUGUUUCAGUAAAUAUCAAUGCAUCACAUCUGUGUCAAAGAACAGGAAAGCAUCUAAACAAAAGAGUUCAAUGUAGAAUGUGGAAUGUGGGUGUUUGAAACUAAUAAAUGGUAAACGUUGUUCAGAUUUGAAA